AUGGAUAGUUAUCAAAAUUACUCUGAUUCCCCUUCUAAUUUACCUAAUGGCUACACCGAUUACUCACAAAUUCCACAGGAAUACCCUCCACCUUCAGGAGAUGCACUAGACGCAGACGAAGAAAUAUCACAAGAAGACUGCUGGACGGUCAUAUCUUCCUUUUUUAAUGACAAAGGACUUGUCCGGCAGCAGUUAGAUUCUUUUGAUGAAUUUGUUCAAAACACAAUGCAAGAAAUAGUUGACGAGAAUAGAUCCUUAGUUUUGCAAAACAUACAAGGAAGUGGUGAAGGUGAUCAAGCGCGACGGUAUUAUAUUCAAUUUGGUCAAGUUUAUUUAUCAAAACCAACUAUGACCGAAGCUGACGGAAGUGUACAAGCAAUGUUUCCUCAAGAAGCGCGCCUCCGAAAUUUAACAUAUGCUGCACCGCUUUACGUUGAUAUGAAGAAAAGAACUGUAGAUGCAGAUCCAAGAGCUCUUGAAAAUAAAGAUAGGCCCAACGUGACCGAGAUGUUUGAUGAAGAACAUCUAGAAGAUGAAGAGGACAAUAGCCAAAAUACGUCUGAUAAUAACUUUACCAAAGUAUUUGUGGGGAAGGUUCCUAUUAUGCUAAGAUCGGAUUUCUGUGUAUUAAGUAAAUUGAGCGAUCGAGAAUUAUAUUCCUUGAAUGAAUGUCCAUAUGACCAAGGUGGUUACUUUAUUAUAAACGGGUCUGAAAAAGUUUUGAUUGCACAAGAAAGAAUGGCGUCGAAUACUGUAUAUGUUUUUGCGAAGUCGGCGCCAUCUCCUUAUUCUUAUACGGCAGAAAUAAAAAGUGCCGUUGAAAAAGGUUCAAAGACAGUAAAUCAAUUAACCAUUAAAUUAAUGGCAAAAACAGCCGAAAAAGGUGCUACUGGGCAAUUUAUACACGCAAAUAUGCCUUAUAUAAAAAAAGAUGUGCCUGUUUUAAUCGUGUUUCGUGCUCUUGGUCUGGUGGCAGAUAGAGAUUUUUUAAGUCAUAUUUGCUAUGAUCCUCAUGAUACUCAAAUGCUAGAAGCUUUAAAGCCAUGCAUUGAAGAAGCUUUUGCAAUCCAGAAUCAAGAGGUUGCACUAGACUGGAUCGGUCGUAGAGGCACAGCAAGUGGCGCAAUCAAAGAUAAACGCAUAAAAUAUGCAAAAGAAAUUUUGCAAAAAGAAUUGCUGCCUCAUGUUGGUACAACCUUUAGAUGCGAGACAAAAAAGGCAUUCUUUUUUGGCUACAUGGUGCAUCGAUUACUUCUUGCUGCUCUUAACCGUCGAGAAUUGGAUGAUCGUGACCAUUAUGGCAAAAAGAGAAUGGAUCUGGCUGGGCCUCUUUUAGCUAUCUUGUUCCGUAUGCUUUUCAAAAAACUCACAAAAGAUAUCGGAUUAUAUCUUAGAAAGUGUAUAGAUUCAAGUCGCGAAUUUAAUCUUAAUCUUGCUAUUAAAGCGCAAACUAUUACCAACGGAUUAAAGUACUCUUUAGCGACUGGAAAUUGGGGUGACCAAAAGAAAGCAAUGCAGGCUAGGGCUGGCGUUUCUCAAGUACUAAACCGAUAUACAUUUGCUUCCACGUUAUCUCACUUAAGGAGAUGUAAUACGCCUAUGGGUCGUGACGGAAAAAUUGCAAAACCGCGUCAACUUCAUAAUACCCAUUGGGGUAUGGUUUGUCCUGCUGAAACACCAGAAGGACAAGCUUGUGGAUUAGUCAAGAAUCUUGCUUUAAUGUCAUAUAUUUCAGUCGGAAGUUCAUCUGGACCAAUUAUUGAAUUCUUGGAAGAAUGGGGAAUGACAAACCUUGAAGAGUUGCAAUCCGGUGCCAACAUUGGAAUGAACGCAUUUACCAAAGUUUUUGUAAAUGGCAGUUGGGCAGGCGUGUCCAGUGAUCCAGAAGCAUUAGUAGAUACACUCAAGCGUUUGCGACAUUGUGUUGACGUGAGCCCCGAAGUCAGUGUUGUCCGAGAUAUCCGUGAAAAGGAGUUGAGAUUAUAUACGGAUGCUGGAAGAGUUUGUCGUCCAUUAUUUAUCGUGCAGAACUCAAGAUUGCUUAUAACAAAACAACAUAUACGUAAAUUAGAUGAGGCGAAAGCUCUUGCUGAGCAAGCUGUAGAAAAAGACAAGAAACAAAAAUUUGGCUGGCAAGAUUUAAUUUCCAAUGGAGUCAUCGAGCUUAUCGAUGCAGAGGAAGAGGAAACUAUUAUGAUUUGCAUGACUCCUGAAGAUUUAGCAGAAUCACGAAGAUUUCAUGAAGGAACACCAAUAGAAGUGGAAAGAACUAAAGAAAGAGAUAUAGCUGCUCGAGUGAAAAGUAACUCUGCCACAUACACCCAUACGUGGACACAUUGUGAAAUUCAUCCUAGUAUGAUUUUAGGGAUCUGUGCCAGUAUUAUUCCCUUCCCAGAUCACAAUCAAUCGCCACGUAAUACAUAUCAAUCAGCUAUGGGUAAACAGGCUAUGGGCAUUUAUGUCACAAAUUAUCAAUUACGAAUGGAUACAUUGGCGAACAUACUUUAUUAUCCACAAAAACCACUAGUCACGACACGUGCAAUGGAGUUUUUACGUUUUCGUGAAUUGCCUGCUGGUCAAAAUGCUAUUGUUGCUAUAUUGUGUUAUAGUGGCUAUAACCAGGAAGAUUCGGUCAUUAUGAAUCAAAGUAGUAUCGACAGGGGAUUAUUUAGAAGUAUGUUUUAUCGGAGUUAUAUGGAUCAAGAGAAGAAAGUGGGAAUGUUGACAAUAGAAGAAUUUCAGAAGCCAACCAAAGAAACUACGUUACGUCUCAAGCACGGCACCUAUGAGAAACUUGAAGACGACGGGUUGGUCGCUCCUGGUACACGUGUAUCUGGAGAUGAUAUUAUUAUUGGGAAAGUUUCACCCAUUCCACCAGAUACAAUGGAGCUUGGUCAGCGUCAAAGUACACACACUAAACGUGAUGCAUCCACACCGCUAAGAAGCACAGAAACUGGAAUAGUUGAUCAAGUUAUGGUCACUACAAACCAAGAAGGGAUGAAGUUUGUAAAAGUACGAGUUCGUAGUACACGUAUUCCUCAAAUGGGUGACAAAUUCGCUAGUCGUCAUGGCCAGAAAGGAACCAUCGGUAUUACUUAUCGACAAGAGGAUAUGCCGUUUACUGCCGAGGGUAUAACACCAGAUCUUAUUAUAAACCCGCAUGCUAUACCGAGUCGUAUGACAAUAGGUCACUUGGUCGAGUGUUUGCUGGGCAAGGUAUCAACUUUAACUGGGAGUGAAGGUGAUGCAACACCAUUCACAGAAGUAACAGUUGAAGCCAUUUCCGCUAGCCUUAGAAGUCAAGGAUAUCAAUCACGUGGCUUUGAGGUUAUGUACAAUGGGCAUACAGGGCGUAAAUUGGCAGCGCAAGUUUUUCUCGGUCCAACUUAUUAUCAGCGACUUAAGCAUAUGGUUGAUGAUAAAAUUCAUUCACGUGCAAGAGGACCUGUACAAAUAUUGACCAGACAGCCUGUAGAAGGACGUAGUCGAGAUGGUGGCUUACGUUUUGGUGAAAUGGAAAGAGAUUGCAUGAUAUCUCAUGGCACAGCAAUGUUUUUAAAAGAACGCCUUUUUGAUGCGUCGGAUGCCUAUCGUGUUCAUGUGUGUGAUAUUUGCGGUUUAAUGGCUAUUGCAAAUCUAAAGAAAAAUACAUUUGAAUGCAAGGCUUGCAAAAAUACAACUCAGAAUGAAUCUACUUGGAACACCCUGUUCCAGGAACAAUCUCAGAAAUUUGAAUUCAGAUGGGUCCAGAUUGGUCCGGAGAAG